AUGUAUGAAGGCAGGGGAGGAGGGCGACGACGGGCGCCCGCCGGACGGCCAGCUGGUCGGCUAGCGAGCCUCAUCGUCCCCUUCGACGAGCGCAAACGGAGGAAGGCCACACGACCGGAGAGUGCCAGCAACGCGGAUUCGCGAUGGCAGCCAUCCGGAGCG